UUCAGAACCAGAUAUCUUCUCUGGUCUGCCGUCUGCGGCCCAUGGUUUUGCAAGGUUCUCCGAGAUCGAGAAUCCGCCGGCCCACAACUAGCAGCCCACCCAGAAAAAGCAGCGUUCCCGUUAUCUGCACGCGCACGCGCUGUCCACUUGCCUCUAAGUAUACGAGAUAACAUACGCUGGUUGCGUAGUAUUACUUGUUGUUUUGUUGGCCGCCAAGUCAGUGGGAGGGAGGAACCGCCAUACGGCAAGAAUGCAGUCUCUUCAGCAGAAGGCCUCGGAGUGGAGCGGAGUCUCCACCAGCGAUGCUUUUGCCAUCGACGAAACAAAUCUUUUCGAGUUAUUAGGUCUUCAGACCUUCGUUACUCUCUCUACUAAUUUCUACAACAGGGUUUACGAUGAUGAUGAAGAGUGGUUUCGGUCCAUCUUUGCUAACUCGAAGAAAGAGGAUGCGAUUCAGAACCAGUAUGAAUUCUUUGUACAGAGAAUGGGAGGUCCUCCUCUUUAUUCCCAGAGGAAAGGUCAUCCAGCACUGAUUGGACGUCACCGGCCAUUCCCUGUGACACAUCGAGCAGCAGAGAGGUGGUUACACCACAUGCAGCAAGCAUUGGACAGUGUCCCAGAAAUUGAUGCCGAUUCAAAAAUCAAAAUGAUGAAUUUUUUCAGGCACACAGCAUUCUUUCUAGUGACUGGUGAUGAGUUGAAAAACCAAAACCAAGGAGUCCCCUGUAAACAUGGAGCUAACAAACCAGCUGCAGUGUGAAAUUUUAGCUACAAAUUGUUCUCAUUUUAAAUAUACAUGAAAAAAGAAUCGAGUAUUAUCAUUUACCCAACAUGUUUUAUCUUUAGUUAAAAAAAAAAAAACUCAUUCUCUCCCAUUAAAUAAAAAUCAAAGAACUUCUAUUCCCAUUCAUAUAUUGUUUGAUACUGAUGGGUACAGCAAAACAUUUCUGAUUUCUCAUCUUGAUUUUUAUGAAUUGUAUAUCUGGGUCAUGGCUGAGCCAAGAUGUGCCCGUGCCCCAUUGACUGUAUGGUCUAUAUCUAUUUGUAA